UCUACAGGAAGAUGAUCAAGUCCAGCGUGGGGGAUUCCUUCUACAUCCGCACCCACUUCGACUUCGAGAAGGAUGCCCCUUCUGGGCUGAGCUUCACCCGCGGCGAGGUCUUCCAUGUGCUGGACACCUUGUACCGGGGCAAAAUGGGGAGCUGGCUGGCCGUACGGAUGGGAAAGGAGCUUCAGGAGCUGGAUAAAGGCAUCAUCCCAAAUAAGAACAGAGCGGAGCAGAUCGCCAGUCUGGAGGGCGUCCUGAAAGCCACAUCUGGCUCCUUCAGUUCCUCGGGGGCCCGUGCCGAGUUCUGGAAGCUGCGGGGCUUGCGGGGGGCCAAGAAGACCCUGCGGAAGAGCCGGGAGGACCUCUCUCUCCUCACCAAGCAAGGCCACUACCCGCCCUACGAGAGGGUCAUGCUCAAGGAAGCAACCUUUAAACGGCCCGUGGUGAUUUUGGGCCCCAUCGCUGACAUCGCCAUGCAGAAGUUGAGUGCUGAGAUGCCGGAUCAGUUUGAGAUCGCCGGGAGUGUCUCCAGAGAAGGAGGAUCUGCCAAAGUCAUCAAGUUGGACUCGGUGCGGCAAAUCGCAGAGCAGGAGAAGCAUGCCUUGCUGGACAUCACUCCGGCAGCCGUGGAGCGUCUCAACUAUGUGCAGUACUUCCCGAUCGUGGAGUCUCCGGCUGUGGAAGGCUUAGACCUGUUAAGUCAGCCCCCUACUGGCGGUUCCGGCUACCUCACCUGCGACAGCCAGGCCAACAGCGACUACGAUGAAACGGACGGGGAGGGCGAGGCGUACACAGACCAGGAGCUCGACGAGCCCUACGAGGAACAGGCCCUGGCUCGCUCUUCGGAGCCCGCCGAGCAAAGCCACGAGUUGGACUUGAGUGAGCGGGUGGCAGCUGCUCUGGCGUACCCCAUUGACCGGCAUGACAGUGACCAGCAGCCCCAAGGACAGUGGAGACAAGACUAUAACACCAGGGAAUAUGAACACGAAGCCCUCCGGAAGAAGUUCACGCAGGCUCAGGCCUACGACUCUGAAUCGGACCAGGACUACGGUUAUGAUUGGGGGCCGGCCACAGACCUGUGACACCCCCCCUCCCAGCUACAUCUCCCCCCUGCCCUGUUGGGUGGAAUUGUGCCUCCCACAUCCCCCUCCAAAAAAACUGCAAAGACUUUUGCAUCCUCUGCGGGUGGGGGGGGAGGACAUUUGGGCGAAUUUGCCUUUUGCAGCCCUGUGCCUUUUUGAGUUUCUUGCCAAGGGGAUGUUUCUGAUGCGAGGGUGAAGAUGGAGUGCCUUCCCCUUGGCCUCUGAGGCCUUCUCCCUCCCACCCUCCAGAGUAAUUUGAGCUCGGCCUCCUUUUAUCAGGCCACAAAAACUAGGUUGGUCAACACCUCCCCUUCUCAGGUGAAAAUCUGGCCACCUUUUCCGUUUCUCCUGAGGCCUAGAACACAGGGAAGGUGCCGAAGCUCUCUGCAAACGCUGCAGCCGUCCCGCUUCACUUGCUGCCUGGUGCGGGAAGUCUGAGGGGAAUGGGAGCCCAGGAAAACUUUCCCCUCACCCCCUGCCACUGUUCUCUCAGGGAGCCGAGUGUUCCUUCCGUGGUUUCUGGCCACCCCCUCGUUCUCUUGCUGGAUCUAUCCUGUGGGCUGCUCAAAGGGAGUCCUCCCUUGGCGUGUGUAACUGAAAGAACCACAACUACCUGUAAUCUUUUUAACAGUAUGAUGGCUACGAUGUUGACCUUUUUGUAUGCAUUGUUUUAAGCUGUGAAGCAAUCCCCCCAAAAAAAGUUUGGGCUGUUUUUUGUGUUUUUUUACCAGCUUCAUUUUCAGUCUCUAGUGAACACCCGUCCAGCUGGAGGAUGCACAGCUUCAGGUCCGCUCAGCAAAGCCCUCUACUCGUGAG